AUGAAGGUGAUAGCGAUUUUUCCAGUAGGAUUUUAUUUUGAAUUUGAAAGAUUUCAGGGCACAUUCAGACUAACUGACUUUUUUGUCCUGUUCUACUCAGGCGGGGCAAGCAAAGGUGGUGGAGAAGAGCCCGGGAAGCUGCCGCAGCAGGCAGAGGAGGAAUCCCAGGUUUUGCACGGAACUGGCCACUGUAAGUGGUUCAAUGUGCGAAUGGGAUUUGGAUUCAUCUCCAUGAUAAACCGAGAGGGAAGACCCCUGGAUAUUCCAGUCGAUGUAUUCGUACACCAAAGCAAAUUAUUCAUGGAAGGAUUUAGAAGCCUAAAAGAAGGAGAACCAGUGGAAUUCACAUUUAAAAAAUCUUCCAAAGGCCUUGAAUCAAUACGGGUAACAGGACCUGGUGGGAGCCCCUGUUUAGGAAGUGAAAGAAGACCCAAAGGGAAGACACUACAAAAAAGAAGACCAAAGGGAGAUAGAUGCUACAACUGUGGUGGCCUUGAUCAUCAUGCUAAGGAAUGUAGUCUACCUCCUCAGCCAAAGAAGUGCCAUUACUGUCAGAGCAUCACACACAUGGUGGCCAACUGCCCGCAUAAAACUGUUGUGCAGCCGCCGGUCAGUUCUCAGGGAAGACAGGAAGCGGAUUCACAGCCAUGCACUGCGGCUUUCCCACGGGAGGUGGGGGGAGGGCACGGCUGUACAUCACCCCCAUUUCCUCAGGAGGCGAGGUCCGAGAUCGCAGAGAGGCCAGGCCGGUCCCCUCAGGAAGCUUCCUCCACAAAGUCAUCGGCAGCCCCCGAAGAACAAAGCAAAAAGGGGCCUUCUGUCCAAAAAAGGAAAAAGACAUAACCCUUCUUCUUAAUGUAUCGCUUUCUCUCCCCGGUUGGGAAGUCUACCUCAUGCAAGCAUAGGGGAACAGUAUUUCACAAACUGCAGCUGACCUGGGAUUUUUAACUACUGUUGAGGAACUGUGAAUUUUUUAAACAGACAAAUCACUCUAAGCAAAUUACAUUGGAGCAGGGUGUCAUGUUUGAUGUAAUUCAGAGAAUGAGAUUCUAUGUAUUCCCUAUAUGUGCAUGUGUGAGAGGGAGAGAGCCUGAGUCUCUGUGUGUAGGAGGAUUUAUAUAGCAAUGGAGACAUAUAUAUAUAAAGAGCGUUUGUCUUUAUAUAUGUGUGCAUAGAGCUACAAGCACACACCCUCCCUCACAGAAUUUAACGUCCCCAAGAAUUGAAAACUCGUGGGAAGCAUUUUAUUUAGAUGGCUUCAAAAAUAACCCCUGGAGUUUAUCUUGAAAUACCAUUCCCUUUACCUUACAUACAAGUAAAAACAUGAUUGUUACUUUUGUGUGAACCAAAGGAUACUUCAGAUCUCAGAGCUGCCAAUCACAUGGUACUAAAGGUUUUUAAAUCGUCAGUUUUCCCCAAGUUUGGGAUUGCCUUUUUUCUUGAUAUCCAUAGAGUGCUCCCACCCCUUUUGAAGGCAGUACCUUAACUCCACAUGCCUCUGACUGCCAUAAGCUUUUUGAAUCUGGGAUACGUAUUUCCAGAAAAGACAAUGAAUGUGUAAUUUCUGUGCCGAUAUUUCAAUGUUUUUAAUUCAUAUAUUUUGAUUGUAAAUUAGAUACAUAUUAAGAGAAAGGAAGGGGGAGGGCAAUGUAAAAAUGUAGUGACUUGAUUGUUUUCAGUGGUAUUUUGAUACCAGCUCAUAAUCUUUCACGUGCUGUGAGGUUUUGUAAGGGGUUGUGGCAACAGCAGCUUCCCUUGACUAAGUCAGUCCUUUUGACCAUCACUUCGAGCAGGGGCCCUCCCUGUUUACUACUGAAGACCUUGGAGAAAAACUCCAAUAGUUUGGUAUAUAUUUUGGUGGCGAUUUUUAUUCCCCCUGAAGAGUUACCUAACUUGUUUUUAAAACAAACAAAACAGCAGAGAUAUGACUAGAAUGCCAGGGUUGAGAGUAGACAUUAUUGAUGCUCACAAUUGCCCAAUACGUAUAACCUUGAAUACAUUAAAAAGUGCAGUGUUUGGUGGCAGGAAACUAGAGUGACGAGCUGGGCCAGAGGUACCAGAACCUCUCCUUGCAGCGAGCUAGAAGGAUUUUAUACAAUAAGAUCAAUCUAGAGAGUUCCCUGUUACCAUGCUGAGGGGACCUACAUGGUGGAUUCAGGAUGAACACGCAGUGAUGGCGAUAGGCUUUGCAGCUUGGUCCUCGGUUAUAUUAAUAAAUUGGCUGGGGAACAAUCAUAGUAUUGGCCCCUUGUGGGUUUCAGUCACUUUGGUGUCAUCCUCGUUAUAGGUGUUAUGGGUACUUUACUGAAACAUCUCCAAGAAGGUACCAAUUAUAACGCUUAACAUUGGCAAUAAAUAUAGUUUUGUAUGAUGAGCCUGUUGGUGUAAGCUCAGAUAAUCAAAAAGAAAGAGAAAGAAAGGAAAGAAAGAAAGAAAGAAAGAAAGAAAGAAAGAAAGAAAGAAAGAAAGAAAGAAAGAAAGAAAGAAAGAAAGAAAAGAAAGAAAAAGAAAUGGCAUAGUUCAGGUAUGAUGUAUUCUACCUACCAAUGUCCGCUCCCUCUCCCACUUGUCCUUCCACGUAGACCUGGGUAGUUGCUGCUGUGCCAGCCAGCCGGGCAGAAGGAGCAAUGCCCGGGGUUGGGCCGCCAGUCCUCCACAGCUCAGCCUGAACUCCGCGUCAGUGUUUGUGAGAAUCUCCACAGUAUGUGCUGGAAUAUCAGUGUGCUGUGAUGCAACGCUUACCUUUGACGACAUUGAAUGUGAUAUAGCUGUAGAGAAGUCCGUCCUUGCCUUACGUGAGGAUUGUAAGCGUAUUUAAAUUAUGUAGACAAAUCAAAGUGGCAUUGCUUAAUUUUUAGCAGGUAUAAUAAGCAGGUGAACAGUAAAAAUGCAAACCAUAACAAGUCACUUUGAAAAUCCAAACCAAAGUUUCUUGACCUUAGAGAACUAUGGACUUAGAGAAGUUAUGGACUUGAGAAUUGGGCAUUCCCUGUUUCCAUAUUAAAAAGUGCAGAGCUGAGAUCAUGAUUUUUUGUGUUUUUU